AUGCAGGGAGAGAAGAAGGAAGGAAGACAAGAAGAAAGAGAGGGAGGAACGGAGGGAGGAAGGAAGCAUGACAGAGAGGAAAAGAGGGAGGGAAGAAGAAAUGAAGCAAGGGCGGGAGGGCAGAAGGAGGAGAGGAAGGAAGAGAGGGAUGAAUGGUGGGAGGAAGAAAGGAACAAAGGUAGGGAAGAAGAAAGAGAGGGAGGGAGUGAGGAAGGAAGGAAGGGAGGAAGAGAUGCAGGGAGAGAAAAAGGAAGGAAUACAGGAAGGACGAGAGGAACGGAGGGAGGAAGGAAGACAGGGAGGAAAAGGGGGGAAGGAGGAAGAAAUGAAGGAAAAGAGGGAGGGAGGAAGGAUGAGAGGGAGAAAGAGAGGAAGGGAGUGAGGAAGGAAGAGAUGCAUAGAGAGAAAAAGGAAGGAAGACAGGAAGGACGAGAGGAACAGAGGGAAGAAGGAAGACAGGGAGGAAAAGGGGGAGGGAGGAAGAAAUGA